AUGGCUCUUAAAAUUACCAGAAAGUUUGUAACAAUUCUGUUAGCAGCUUUGGUCUUCCUUACCACUGUGAGAUAUUACGCGACUUGGCCGCAGCAUAUUAAAGAAUCCAAUAUUUCUAAGAAGCAAAUACAUAAUAGAGAGAGGUCUCAGGAUGGUAAUCAUGAAGGUAGAAAUCAGGAAUUAUUCUGUGCGGUAACGAAUCCUACAUCCGGUUCAUACAUUGACUUAUCUCAAUUAUCAUCAACACCUAAUAGGUCGGGCGACAACGACAAGCAAAGUCCAGGGGAUUCAAAGAAAACAAGAUGGUCUGUAAGAGGUUGGGGAUAUGGUGUCAAUUUUACACUAGGAAUUUGUUCAAGCCCUGUUACUGAGAAAGAACGACCCUCAUUGGCUAACACAACUGGUGGAUUUUAUCAGAAUUCUCAAAAUGAAAUAAUUUCCAUUGGUGAUUUUAGCACUAGCCCCACGCUUUUGGGCAAUAAGAAAUUAACAAUGAAAUACGAAAAUGGAUCAAUGUGUGCCAACGGCAGAGAUCGUAAGUCUACCCUACUAAAUUUUGUUUGCGAUAAAGAAAUAGCAUCAGAGGCUCAAAUCUCCUACAUUGGAUCCUUGCACGAUUGUUCGUAUUUUUUCGAAGUGAGAAGUGUGUAUGCAUGUCCAACUUCUAAUACAACUAACGAAGUCAAUGUCUUGGGAAUUUUUAUCGGUAUAUUUGCAGUUUUCUUCAUUGUUGAAUUUGCUGGUAGAAGAUGGCUUUAUGAAAAGGUCAAAAAUCACUUUGAAGCGAAAAGUAAUCAAUUACCUACAAGUUUUAGUCCUGUACGACCUCGUUGGGAUAUAAUAGAAAAUGAAUCGAAUUGGAAGUACGGAUUCAAAAAGAUCGGCCAUCUAACCAGUGCUACAAUAAGGAAAAUUACCUCACUAAUAUUCAAACUAACAAACGGAUCUGGAAGUACAACGAGAGGAGGACCAAUAAGACUAAACUCAUCAUCGAUACCGUCUAACAGGAGUCAAGAUUCCUUCAUAAGAGAUAUGGAACAGCAAAAUAAUAUUAUUGACAGUUUAGAAGUUGUAAGCCGCCAAAGCAGUACGACCAGUCUUGACAGAAGAGAAUAA